CAUGCGAGUUGAUGAACAGAGGGAUCCUAGCCUUGGUCAGUUCUAUCGGCUGCAUGUCCGCAGGCUCGCUGCAGUCUUUAGCUGAUGCCAUGCACAUCCCUCACCUCUUCAUCCAGAGGGCACCCGCGGGCACUCCUCGCUCCAGCUGCCCACCCACAACUCGUGCACAACCCGAUGACUACACCCUCUUCGUCCGCCCUCCCGUCUAUCUAAAUGACGUCAUCUUCCAAGUGGUGAUGGAGUACACUUGGCAGAAGUUCAUUAUCUUCUAUGACACAGACUAUGAUAUCCGGGGCAUAGAAAACUUCCUGGACCAGACGUCUCAGCAGGGGAUGGAUGUGUCUCUCCAGAAGGUGGAAUCCAAUAUUAACAUGAUGAUCACUGGAAUGUUCCGUACCAUGAGGGUGGAAGAGCUGCAUCGCUACAGGGACACACUGAGACGUGCUGUGCUGUUCAUGAGUCCCGCCACUGCCAAGGCCUUCAUUACCGAGGUGGUGGAAACUAAUCUUGUGGCUUUUGACUGUCACUGGAUCAUCAUAAAUGAGGAGAUUUCAGACAUGGAUGUGCAGGAGCUGGUGAUGAAGUCUAUAGGUCGCUUGACCCUGGUGAGACAGACUUUCCCAUUGCCGCAAAACACCAGCCAACGUUGCGUCAGGAACAACCACCGCAUCAACACUUCCCUCUGCGACCCCAAAGACCCCAAGGCACAGAUGUUAGAGAUCACCAACCGCUACAUCUACGACACGGUGCUGUUGCUGGCCAACACUUUCCACAGGAAGCUGGAGGACAGGAAGUGGCACAGCAUGGCGAGUCUUUCGUGCAUCCGCAAGGGCUCCAAACCCUGGCAAGGUGGCAAGUCUAUGCUGGAAACUGUGAAGAAGGGAGGUGUAAGUGGUCUGACUAGCCUGCUGGAGUUUAAUGAUAAUGGGAGCAACCCCAACAUCCACUUUGAGAUCCUGGGUACCAACUACGGUGAGGACCGCGGUCGUGGAGUCAGCCGGCUCGCCACCUGGGACCCAAUCCACGGACUGAAUGGAACACUGACCGAUCGAAAGCUGGAAAACAACAUGCGUGGGGUCGUCCUACGGGUGGUCACUGUUCUGGAAGAACCGUUUGUGAUGGUGUCUGAAAAUGUGCUUGGAAAACCUAAGAAGUACCAGGGUUUCUCAAUCGAUGUGCUGGACGCUCUGGCCAACUAUCUUGGCUUCAAAUAUGAGAUCUACGUGGCCCCUGAUCACAAAUAUGGCAGCCAGCAAGCAGAUGGGACCUGGAAUGGUCUUAUUGGAGAGCUGGUUUUUAAGAGAGCAGAUGUAGGUCUUUCAGCCCUGACCAUCACUCCUGAGCGGGAGAGCGUGGUGGACUUCACCACCCGCUACAUGGACUACUCUGUCGGCGUGUUGCUGAGGAAGGCGGAGAGGACGGUGGAUAUGUUUGCAUGCCUGGCGCCCUUCGACCUGUCUCUGUGGGCAUGUAUAGCAGGCACGGUUCUGCUGGUGGGCACUCUGGUGUAUCUGCUCAACUGGUUGAACCCUCCCCGACUGCCGAUGGGCUCUGUCUCCUCCACAACCCUCUACAACUCCAUGUGGUUUGUCUACGGCUCCUUUGUCCAGCAGGGUGGCGAAGUGCCCUAUACAACUCUGGCUACCAGGAUGAUGAUGGGGGUUUGGUGGCUCUUUGCUCUAAUAGUCAUCUCCUCCUACACGGCGAAUCUGGCUGCUUUCCUCACUAUCUCCCGCAUCGAGAACUCCAUUCAGUCACUGCAAGAUUUGGCUAAGCAGACAGAUUUGCCAUACGGCACGGUUCUGGACUCUGCCGUCUAUGACCAGGUUCGCAGUAAAGGAAUGAACCCUUUCGAACGAGACCCGAUGUAUUCGCAGAUGUGGCGGAUGAUCAACCGGACAGGAGGAGCCGAAAACAACGUGGAGGAAUCAAAAGAAGGCAUCCGGAAGGUGAAGUACGGACGUUUUGCAUUUGUGUGGGAUGCAGCUGUGCUGGAGUAUGUGGCCAUUAAUGACGAGGACUGUUCGCUUUACACCGUGAGCAACAAUGUGGCUGACAGAGGCUACGGCAUGGCGAUGCAGCACGGCAGUCCUUACAGAGACAUCUUCUCUCAGAGGAUCUUGGAGCUUCAGCAGAAUGGAGACAUGGACAUCCUGAAGCUAAAGUGGUGGCCGAGGGACAGUCCGUGUGACCUGUACUCUCCUGUGGGCACUCGGAAAAGUGGCAGCGCCCUGGACAUCCACAGUUUUGCAGGAGUCUUCUUUGUACUAGCGGCCGGUGUGGUUUUGUCCUGUCUCAUUGCCACAGUGGAGACCUGGUGGACACGAAGAAAGGGCUCCAGAGUCCCAUCGAAGGAGGACGAUAAGGAGAUCGACCUGGAGCACCUUCAUCACCGGGUUAACAGCUUGUGCACGGAGGACGAGAGCCCCCACAAACAGUUCUCCACCUCCUCCAUCGACCUGACGCCCCUGGACAUGGAUUCCCUCCCGGCUGCCCGUCAGGCCCUCGAGCAGAUCAGCGACUUCCGCAACACACACAUCACCACCACCACCUUCAUACCCGAGCAGAUCCAGACUCUCAGCCGGAGCCUGUCAGCCAAAGCGGCAGCUGGCUUCGCCUUCGGGGCCGUGCAGGACCACCGGACUGGGGGGCCCUUUCGGCAGAGAGCCCCCAACGGCGGCUUCUUUCGCAGCCCUGUCAAGACAAUGUCUAGCAUCCCGUAUCAGCCCACCCCGGCCCCCAACUUUAGCUAUGGCAACGACCCGGACAGGGGCACUUCCAUAUAGAUUGCAGAGAUUCCUGGGUCUGCAAGUCGGAAACAAAAAAGAGAUCUAUGUAAAUACAAAUGUUCCUUUUCGAUUGUCGUUUUCUCAUGGCUUUCGCUCUUCGCGAUGGAGCUUGUUUGCCCAGAACGAACUCGCCAACAGGACGAGGAUGGAAUAAAUUGGUCGUUAUUGUCAUUGUGGUUUGUCAGGAGAUUUUCUCUGUGAACUAAAAAAAAA